AUGGCUGACGGGACUAACCCCUCGACACGAAGGCGAAAAGCGACUUCGCCCGCCACUGACGUCCAUCGACCUGAAAUCCCACCUUCACCAGGCUCAUCCAUUUCUGAAGACUCUUCCACUUCCGCCACUGGGCGCUGGCUCCGAGGUCACCCGGAUCACAUGGAGCACUGGCUCAGAGGGCUCCCAGAUCCUCUGGACGGGUACGCGUUCGACGACGAAGAGUCUCCGCACCGACCUCUAUCUGUCGACAACUGUGAUAUCAACAGAGAGAAAUAUUCCUGGUAUUGCACCUCGUCCUACUUGGAUGCGUUAGCAGCCUCGCACAGCUUUACGACCUCGUCGCCGGCUGGACUUACAUACUACGACGAAACAUAUUGCUGCGCAGUGCUUUUGAGACCUCGCACCAAUCCCGAUCUUCUUUUGUUCCACGCAGACGUGUGCGACAGCCUCGCGGACCAAUCUGAAUACACGAUCAUGAUGAGUCUACACAUCUUUGUCGCGCCAUCGGCCGAGUACCAAUAUAUGCUUGACAAGGAGCCCGAAUUCAAGGGCCUCGCAGAAUAUUAUGACCACCCUUGGAUCAAGACAAUGGCGUUCGACGGACCACCUCCACAGCCAGAUCACACCUAUGGAUUUCACCCCUCCAAAUUCACAAAAUUCCAGCGGAGGAAACUCAACAUGAAUCUAUCCGACGAAUGCUACCACGUCGCAAAGCACGACCUCUGGUUCCCCUUCCUGACUAGCCACUGCAAAUGCGGCAGGAGAGCGCGCGAAAUAGGCGAGCGAGCUGCCCUCCAUUCCAUGACUGUCGCCAUGCAAGGACGAUCCGCGGAUUUUCCAUCAUCUACGAUGAGAAGAGUGCCGUUAUCUUUGGUCAUUAUGCCGAAAUUGACGGCCAACGGACGUCCUUCUACCGGGACCGUCAUCAAGAAAGUUGACCUCUCCGACGAGGCCGAGAAAUGGACUUGUUGGCGGUUUGUGUUGAAUGUUUGUCAAAAUUAUUCGUCGAGCUUUCUCCAGCAGCUUCAGGAGGUGAUUGAAGAGCUGCCUGAUCCCGCCGAAGCUGCAGAAGUCCGCCCUGGACCUGGCGGCGGCGGCGGGGAUUCGACGGAUGCGACGCCGAGUAUUGAGAUCUUGGACUAA